AUGAAACUGGGCAUUUUUUAUUACGAAGGGGCUUUUCAAGCUCAUUUGACUCUACUGCGAGCUAUCGCAGCAUUGGUCCCUCGUUCAAGUUUUCUGCAUAUAUUUCCAAAAUAUUGUCCUGGAUGUGCUGUGUUGGAAAUUUUAUCUAUUUUAUGUAUACAUCCGAUAUUAGAAAAUGAUGUGAAUGCUUUGCUUGGGGAAUUGUUAUUGGAUACACAUGGUGAUAUUUUAAAUCGUAAUGAUAUUCGUCAAAUUGCCAUAAUGAUACGGCAAGCAUACAAAGGUUAUCAAGGUACAUAUAUGGGUUGUUGUACAGCUUAUGACUGGAAAAGUCAAGGAUACAAAACAGCAUAUACGAUUGGAGUAUUAUUUUCAUCCGAUCAAUUCUGCGAAUUAAGGGCGUGGGUGUGGGUGUGGGUGAGUGUGAGCAUCGACAUGCAUGAAGAAUAA